CAUCAGUCACAGCUGAGAGAUGCAGGUAUACGUAGCAAGAAGCCUACUUACACGCAUCACAUGCGGUGAGAGGCGAUGCCACAAUAUACCGUCACGUGAUGUAAACAGGAAGUUAAGUAAGAAGGGUCUCGAAAAUGUUGUUUUGGACUCCUCGAGGUUUUUCCAUCUGGGAAGAUUAGACCAAGAUGGUGCCAGCAGAUGUGAAGUUCAUUGUUUUCCUUGUGUUAUGUACAUUAAUAUUGCAGGUACAGUCGAGGAAUGUUCUCCUCAUACUUGGUCAGUGGUGUUGUCAGGAUUACCACAGCACCAGAAUGGAAUGUACGGGCUGUUCAAUGGCUACCACCACUUUCAGUCGUUUGAGGACGUCAGAAGCCUGCCAUCACUAUUAAAAGGGGCAGGUGUCCGAACAGGUAUAAUUGGUAAGAAGAAUCUGGGUCCUGAGUCAGUAUACCCAUUUGAUUAUUCCGUAACUGAACUUGAUGGCCACAGUAUUCUGCAAACAGGAAGAAACAUCACCUUCAUUCGUCAACAUGUGCGUGAGUUUCUGCGUCAAAAUUCUUCCAGUCCUUUCUUUCUGUAUGUGGCAUUCCACGACCCCCAUCGAUGUGGUCACACCCAUCCCCAGUACGGACAGUUCUGUGAGAAGUUCGGUGCUGAUGGGACCAUGCCUGAUUGGAAUCCAGUCUUUUUUGAUCCUGCAUCUGUGGUUGUUCCCUAUUUUGUCCAGGACACUCCUGCUGCCAGACUGGACAUUGCUGCCCAGUACACCACCAUAAACCGUAUGGACCAAGGUAUAGGUCUUAUACUGAAGGAGCUAGAGUUGGCAGGCCAUGCAGAUGACACUCUCGUCAUGUACUCCUCCGACAAUGGCAUACCUUUCCCCAAUGGCCGCACCAAUUUGUAUGACUCAGGUUUGGCUGAACCAUUCAUUAUGUCCUCACCAUACCAUAGGAAGCGCUUGGGACAGAAAAGUGAUGCUAUGUUGAGCCAUGUGGACAUUCUCCCUACAGUACUGGACUGGUUUGGUGUCAAAUAUCCUCACUACAAGAUCCUCAAAAAUGCUGUGACCUUGACCGGCAAGUCUUUACUCCCUUUGCUUAAGGAGGAACCAAAGGAAUCUUGGGAUACUGUAUAUGCCAGUCACAGCCUCCACGAGGUGACAAUGUACUACCCUAUGAGGGUGGUAAGAAACAAACAAUACAAGCUCAUUCAAAAUAUUAACUUUCAAAUGCCAUUCAUGAUAGAUCAGGAUUUUUUUGUUUCAAGGACAUUCCAAGAUCUGCUGAACAGAACACAGCAGGGAAAGGAAACACACUGGUACAAAACUCUCCACAACUACUACUACAGGGACCAGUGGGAACUCUUCAACAUAGUUACUGACCCACAGGAACUCCACAAUUUAGCUCGUGAUCCAAGUCACUCAAAGGUUUAUCAUCAGCUGCAGAACCAAUUGAAUAUGUGGCAGAAUAUAACCUUUGACCCCUGGAUUUGUUCACCCUCGGGUGUUUUGCAGGAUGUAGGGCCACAUAAGUAUCACCCACAGUGUUAUAGUAUGUACAACGGACUAUGAGGGUGUGACUAAUUGUGUAGUACAGGGUUGUUUUACCUACAGAUCUGGAAUCUGUUACAACAAACAUUAUAUUUCCUUCAGAUCUGGACUCAGACUGGUACUAUUGAUAUCAUUUUACCUACAGAUUUGGUCUCAGCUACUGUCGAUAUUAUUUCAACUCCAGAUCUUGCAUUUGUCCGCUAGAGUAGAUAUUAUUUUAACUACAGAUCUGGAAUCUGUUUGCUACUGUAGACAUUAUUUUAACUACAGAUCUGGACUCUGUUUGCUACUGUAGACAUUAUUUUAACUACAGAUCUGGACUCUGUUACUGUAGACAUUAUUUUAACUACAGAUCUGGAAUCUGUUCGUUACUGUAGCCAUGAUUUUAACUACAGAUCUGGAAUCUGUUACUGUAGACAUUAUUUUAACUACAGAUCUGGAAUCUGUUUGCUACUGUAGAUAUUAUUUUACCUACAGAUCUGGACUCUGUUAUUGUAGACAUUAUUUUAACUACAGAUCUGGAAUCUGUUUGCAACUGUAGACAUUAUUUUAACUACAGAUCUGGAAUCUGUUACUGUAGACAUUAUUUUACCUACAGAUCUAGUACAUUUCAGUGCCAAAAUUAUAACACAAUUGUCAUAGUUUUACCAAAAUUUUAUGUACAUUUUUAUACAUUUUACAUACAAAUGGACACCUGCUUAUAUGUAUCAAUGUUUAUGUACAUAUUUAUACAUUUUAUAUAUAAUUUACAAAUAUAUUCAAGAAGCUUACCUACUUAAUCAUUUUAAACUAAAACUAAAUAUACAAGUAAAAUGUAAACAUACGCAAGACACUGACAAUCAACCUUGUUUUAUUUGAACACUUUCAUACCUCUCUGUGCAUUACGAAUUGUCAAAGUUCAAAUCCAUUUACAUUAUAACUUUACCAGUAUUAUGAAUAUUCCAUCCCAUGAAAAUAUCAUUUCCAGCAUGUGUAACAGAACAUGAAUGUAAUAAAGAUGUUUUCCCCAUUAUACACUGUAUUUAGAAACCAUUAUUGACAUUAUUUGCAGUCGUUAUCACUUAUGGUUAUAGUGAUGGGAAUCAAACGUCACGUUAUUCCAGGAGGAUCAACAGUUAUAAUCUACAAAUUUUAAUACGUAAUAAAAGUAAUACCACACAUCGUAUCUGAUGUCAGGACUUGUGUAUAGUGCAGACACAUCCACUCUAGACCUACACACACUCCUGGAUGUAUUCUGACAAUUAACUUGUUUAUCUGUGAUGUUAGAUAAACACAUAGUAUUUCUGAAUUCUACCAUAACCUAAGACGUAUAUCAUGCUUAGGCCAUUGUGUUACGAAGUGUAACUAUUGAUUUUUUGUAAGCACAUGUGUCAACAUAUUGAGCAGUUUCAGUGGCUAUUACAGAACAUGUUUCCUAGUAUUUUGACCUCAUGACCUUAAAAAAUGAAUAAAUAAACUAAUGUUGAUUGGUUAUGGUAGAAAAGAAAUUCCAUAACCUAUUACAGUUGUUAUAAUGUCUAUAUAACCUAAAUUAUUUAACAUUAAAAUUUCAAAAAGACACUGGGUAAACCUCGUGUCUUUUUGAAAUUUGAAAAUUAAAUAACUUGAAUUAUAUAAAUACAAUAAACAACUUAUCACUCAUUGCGGAAUCUUUAUUUACAUCACAAGUAUACCACUAACCAAAGCUGUAGUAUUGUCAUUUACCUCUUUUGUUUCCUGCAUGAACGAAAGUUAAAAGUAAUGUUGAACAAUGUAAGGUGAAGUUGAUACGUUUCGUGUUACAAUUCUAGUAUAUCAUUCCUACUUAGUUGGCAGUUGGUGAGAAAAAAAGCUAACAGGUGUGUAAAACUACUGGACAAAGUAUAGAAAACGUUACCGUACCACGUGCAAUGCUAGUGAGUAACAGUAUUUUUAAGUGGUUUGAAGCUAUUUAGAUUGUGUUGUGGUACAAACUUUCGCGGAAAACUUAUGGAAAUAAAUUUGUUGUAA